AUGAAAAGCUGGGAAAUCAGGGACGGAGGGACGUGUGGCACACACAGUGUCUCAGUGACAGCGUGUGCUCUCCGUCAGUUUGGUGCUGGGGAUGGAUCUUCUGAAUUUGGCUCCUGACUAGAGCUGACAGAUGAUGGAAACAUUUUCCUGGCGAUGUCUCUGGGGCGACUCCUCCGUCGAGCCUCUUCCAAAGCGUCCGACCUCCUGACCCUGAGUCCCAGUGGUGGUGGUGGUUCCUCCUCUGUGCUCGAUGGGGAGAUCAUCUACUCCAAGAACAAUGUCUGUGUGCACCCUCCUGAGCUGCUGCAGGGCAUUGGGGAGCACCACCCAGGCUACCUGUGCUUGUACAUGGAGAAGGACGAGCUGCUGGGCACCACGCUGAUCCUGGCCUGGGUGCCCAACUCGCGCAUCCAGCGGCAGGAUGAGGAAGCGCUGCGCUACAUCACCCCCGAGAGCUCCCCCGUGCGCAAAGCGCCCCGAAAGCGCGGCCGCCACGGCCAGGGCUCGGCCACAGCCCGGCCCCCGUCCCCCCCGGAGCACAGGGGGGCUCUGACCCUGCGGGGGGACGAGGUGCUGGCGGUGUCACAGCUCGCGAGGGAUGGGGAGAAGCUGUCGCAGAGCGGCGCCCGCCCGUCCCCGCAGCCGCCCCGCAGCGACUCGGGGACCCUGUCCACAGUCAGCUCCCAGGAGGAGCACAACAGGUCGGAGGGCACGGAGGAGGGCCUGGACUGCAGGGAGGACGAGGGCUCCUUGGAGCUGUCUGCUGAUGAUGUGAGCAGGGACAGCACUUUUGACUCUGAUUCUGAUGCCUUCUCUUCCCCCUUCUGCCUCUCUCCCAUCAGUGAAGCCCUGGGGAAAAGCAGCAGCUCGGUGUUCCUGGACAGUGAAAGCAGGGACACGUGUGACAAUCGCAUGACCUGCUCCACCAGCUCUGCCUCCAGCCUGGACACCAGUGCCCAGUUCCAGGAGAACAAUGGGCAAACACAGAGCACCAGAUGGGAUGAACAGCAGAAGGUAUUUGCUCUGGAGCAGGUGUGUGGUGUCUUCAGAGUAGACCUGGGACAAAUGAGAUCCCUUCGCCUUUUCUUCAGCGAUGAGGCGUGUACCUGUGGGCAGCUGGUGGUGGCGAGCAGGGAGAGCCAGUACAAGAUCUUCCAUUUUCACCACGGUGGCCUGGACAAACUGUGCGAGGUGUUUCAGCAGUGGAAGUACUGCACAGAGACCCACCUCAAGGACCAGCAGCUUGCAGAUGAGAAAACGUGCAUGCAGUUCUCCAUCCGCCGGCCCAAGCUGCCCUCGUCAGAGACCCACCCCGAGGAGAACUCGUCCCGGCGCCUCGAUGUGUCUGCCUGGCUGCAGCACCUCAACGAGGCCGGCCAGGUGGAGGAGGAGUACAAGCUCAGGAAGGCCAUUUUCUUUGGUGGGAUUGAUAUUUCCAUCCGUGGGGAGGUGUGGCCCUUUCUGCUGCACUACUACAGCUACGAGUCCACCUCUGAAGAGAGGGAGGCACUGAGGCUGCAGAAGAGGAAAGAAUACUUUGAGAUCCAGGAGAAAAGGCUGUCCAUGACCCCAGAUGAGCAGAAGGAUUUCUGGCGCCAGGUGCAGUUCACAGUGGACAAGGAUGUGGUGAGGACUGACCGCAGCAACCAGUUCUUCCGCGGGGAGGACAACCCCAACGUGGAGACCAUGAGGAGGAUCUUGCUGAACUAUGCAGUAUUUAACCCAGCCAUUGGAUACUCCCAGGGCAUGUCUGACCUGGUGGCCCCACUCCUGGCAGAGGUCCUGGAUGAGUCAGAUACUUUCUGGUGCUUUGUUGGGUUGAUGCAGAACACGAUCUUCAUCAGCUCCCCCCGGGAUGAGGACAUGGAGAAGCAGCUGCUGUACCUGCGGGAGCUGCUGCGGCUGAUGCACCCCCGCUUCCACCAGCACCUGUGUGUCCUGGGAGAGGAUGGGCUGCAGAUGCUUUUCUGCCACCGCUGGAUCCUGCUCUGCUUCAAGAGGGAGUUCCCCGAGGCCGAGGCUCUGCGCAUGUGGGAAGCGUGCUGGGCUCACUACCAGACAGACUAUUUCCACCUCUUCAUCUGCGUGGCCAUCGUGGUGAUUUAUGGGGACGACGUCAUCGAGCAGCAGCUGGCCACUGACCAGAUGCUGCUGCAUUUCGGCAACCUGGCCAUGCACAUGAACGGGGAGCUCGUACUCAGGAAGGCCAGGAGUCUGCUCUAUCAGUUCCACCUGCUGCCCCGCAUCCCCUGCAGCCUGCACGACCUCUGCAAGCUGUGUGGGACAGGCAUGUGGGACAGUGGCUUCAUCCCCGCCGUGGAGUGCUCUGGCCACCACCCAGAGUCCGAGAGCUGCCCCUACGGGGGGCUGGUGGAAGAGUCUUCUCCUAAACCAGGAAGUGAAGGCAAGAGGGGCCUGAAAACACGGGAUGUCUUUGCCUUCCGAAAAUAGCUGAGAGGAACAGGGUGCGACGGCGGAAGGGAAGGGCAGGAAGGAUGUGCAUAGGAAAAAAUGCUGAAGAAAAAAAUGGAGGAAUAGCUUGUCAAGACUCCUGAGAAGACUGGAAGGUGUGGAAUGGAAGAGGAAUGAAAUUGCCCCAUAGGGGAAGUUCCAUUGCAUGGGUGAUGGAACCUGAGAGAAAGGCAUCGACCCAGGAACUGUGUUUGAUUUUGUUAGAAACAAGUUUUUCUAGGUUUUAAUAAGGACUUUUUAUUCUGCCUCUGGGACUGGACUGGUUAGCAACCAGAACUUUCUUACUUGCUGGUGAGGAAGGAGAGAACACUCCAGGGAGCCGAGGCUGCCCAGAAGUGUUGGUGGGCAGGUGGCAGAGGCAGAGCCACGGCCACUGUCCCCUCACCCAGAGCACACCACGCUCUCUGCUUCAACCAAAACCUGCAGCUUGGUGGCUUCUUUUUAAAGCCAUAAAAGCCAUUUUAAUUAUACUCUGCCAAAAAUAAAACUGCAGACCGUUGGGAUUGCA